AUGGAGACGCAGACUUUUCGUGGGAAUAUUGCACAGCGAGAAGCCAUGAGAAAGGCAGGACCACCAGAAUUCAAGAAAGAUCGUGGUCUUGGCGGAAUCGGUGGAAUCCCAGAAACUCGAGAACCAAAUGGAGAACCAGGAAAAGGCACACCAAAGAGAUGCGCCGAUUUUUCAGGAUUAUCAGGUCAAGGAUAUCCAGGAGAGAAGGCAGGCAUUGGACUUCUAGUACUUCCAGGACGGAAAGGAUCUCCAGGAUUCCGACGAAAAGAUGGACUCCCAGGUACUUCUGGACAAAAGAGAGAAGAUGGACUUCCAGGACUCAUGGAAGUUACCGGAUUGGAGCAAAGAUUCUGUUUAUCCAAGAAGUGUCAGAAUCAUCAGGAUAACCAAAAAUGA